GCAGACAGAGGGAGGAGAGGGGGGAUGAACGAGGUGUGCACAUGUGAGGAUCUCCUGAACUGCCGGGGCAAGGCAGAGCUGGCGAAGAGGGGAGAAGGAGAAGAAGAAGAAGAAGAGGAGGAGGAGGAGGACUAGAGGAAUACUGCAGUGACCAGCCAGCUUCUAUCGCUCUCUCUCUCUCUCUCCCUCUCUCUCUCCGUUUCUCUCGCUGCUUCACCGCUUUCAUCCCCUUUUCUUCUUCAUCCCCCCUUCUCUCCCCCUUCUGCCAAUUAUACCAUGAACCUGCCUGCUGCUUGUUGCUAAGGGGGAGCCAACCGGGGGAGCAGAGUGGACCAGGCGUUAUUUUGUUUUUAAGGACUAAGCAAAAAUGGCGGAGGGGUCCAAAGACCAGGGAGGCCCGGGCACCACCGACCCAGAGGAGGACUCCCCCAAUAUGAUCGUCUACAGAAAGAUUGAAGACAUCGUUACACGAAUACAAGAUGAGAAAGCGGGAGGUGUAGCCAUCCGCACAGUGAAAAGCUUCCUCUCCAAGAUCCCCAGUGUCGUAUCAGGUGCCGAUAUUGUUCAGUGGCUGAUGAAGAACCUCUCCAUCGAGGACCCAGCCGAGGCCAUCCACCUUGGGAGUUUGAUCGCCGCUCACGGCUACAUCUUUCCCAUCUCCGACCACGUCCUGACGCUCAAAGACGAUGGAACCCUUUACCGCUUUCAGUCUCCAUACUUCUGGCCUUCAAACUGUUGGGAACCCGAGAACACAGACUAUGCCAUUUACCUGUGCAAGCGCACCAUGCAGAAUAAAGCCAGGCUUGAGCUAGCUGACUAUGAGGCUGAGAACCUUGCACGGCUCCAGAGGGCUUUCGCCAGGAAGUGGGAGUUCAUCUUCAUGCAAGCCGAGGCUCAAGUCAAGAUCGACAGGAAGAAGGACAAGGCAGAGAGGAAGAUCCUGGACAGCCAGGAGAGGGCAUUCUGGGACGUCCAUCGGCCAGUGCCGGGCUGUGUCAACACCACAGAGAUGGACAUUCGCAAGUGUCGCAGGGAGAAGAACCCACACAGGGUAAAAAAGUCGGUCUAUGGGGUACCUGAUGACGGCCAGAGCCAGCCGAGUCCCGUCCACAUCAGCUCCCAGCCGGCCAGGAAGACCACCAAAGAGGAUGUUCAGAAGGAGAUUACUUUUUUGAACAUCCAGCUGGACAGACACUGUAUGAAGGUUUCCAAAGUGGCUGACAGCCUGAUGAGCUACACUGAGCAGUUCGUGGAGUACGACCCCUUUGUGGCGGCCGUCGAGCCGUCUAACCCCUGGAUCAGUGACGACGCGUCAUUCUGGGACUUGGAGGCAAGUCGUGACCCGAGCCAGCAGCGCGUGAAGAAGUGGGGGUUCUCUCUGGAGGAGGCACUGAAGGACCCAGCAGGACGAGACCAGUUCCUGAAGUUCCUGGAGUCAGAGUUCAGCUCAGAAAAUCUCCGGUUCUGGUUGGCGGUGCAGGAUCUGAAGCGACGGCCGCUCCAGGAGGUGUCGUGCAGGGCCCAGGAGAUCUGGCAGGAGUUUCUGGCCGAGGGGGCGCCGAGUUCCAUCAACCUGGACUCGCACAGCUACGAGCGCACCAGCCAGAACCUCAAAGAUCCCGGGCGAUACAGCUACGAGGACGCACAGGAGCACAUAUUCAAGCUAAUGAAAAGUGACAGCUAUGCACGCUUUUUGCGAUCCAACAUCUACCAAGACCUCCUGUUAGCCAGAAAGAAGCAGCCAGCAGACACUGAGCAGGGCCGCCGCACCUCCUUGGAGAAGUUCACCCGCAGUGUGGGAAAGUCGCUGACGGGGAAGCGCCUGACGGGCCUGAUGCAGUCGUCCUGACACAGCCUGCGCUGGAGGGGCGCGGCCGGGCCCCGCCGGGGGGUUGACUGCCACGCGGGGGCCGGGGCGGGGCCACGGAUUGUGGAUCUGGGCUGGACAGGGGUGCUGUGGACGCUCUCGGACGCUGCUGCGUGGACUGCCGCCGGGCCGGUAGCGCGGCGCCGGGCCUGCAAACGGAAACGCUGAAGGGAAAGACUGUGCCGACGAAAGGGGGACCUCAGCCAACACGUCACACGGCAUGCAGCAUACAGUAAAAGCAUAUCCAGUCUAGAGCUGCCCCCUCCCCCCUCUUCAUCACAUACUGUAGGCAGCGAGCUAGUUGUUAAGCUCGAUUAAUCGGUUUAUUCUGUUUUCAUAUUGUUUUAUAUAUCUAUAUCUAUAUAUAUAUAUAUAUAUAUAUAAAUAUAUGUGUGUGCGUGUGUGUUCCCUGGGAAUUAAAAGCACAUCUCUGGUUUGAUAAAACUACAUUUAAAAGCUACUUGCCGCAACCGUUUCAAAGAUGAAUAUCGCUUUUAAGAUAGCUGGGGCCAAUCCUAACACAAGAGGCACAUCGACGACACAAACCUAUCUCACAUCCGUCUCUGUUCUCAUAAGGCUGCCAGCAAUAAUUGAAGUGGGAGGCCACUUUUUAUCUCGCUUUCGAAACAAAUCAGCCUCUUUUUUAUAUCCUUGAAAUUUCUAUUGCAUCUGUUUCUUAUGAAGCACACGACACGCCAGUCGAGCAGUAAUCGAGAAUGCGAGGCCCGCGUCCCCCCCUCUCCGCCCUCCUGUCCGUUUUCCGUCUACGAAACAGAUUCUCGAAGGCCUCGCAAGAUUUUUCCCGCUUCAUUACAUUCCAAAAUCUGGCAUAAGGGCUUAAUGUAGCAUUACCACUGCGCCGUUCAUCGCAUGUUUCCGCACAAGUGUCUCUGUUGAGAUGUGUCCGCGACGGCGCUUUGUAAUGACACUCGUGGCAAAUGUUGACUGAUUAAUUCCUCUUGGGAAACUUGUUUGCUGCUUUCAAAACCACUCCCCCCUUUUUUUCCUUUUUUCUCUUCCUUUUUUUAGGCUGAACGGUCGGAUUAAUCAAUUCAAAAAUGCCUGUGUGAACAACUUGGAGGCCUAGAUGUGAUUGUGUGAUUUGAGGUUUCAUUUUAGUCACAGCUACAGACCACAGGUGGAACGGUAUCUACUGUAGUGUAGUGUUUGAAGUUUCCAGUGCCAUGGGUCCGUGUCGUGGUGAUCAAACCGCGGGACCUGCAACAAGACUGUAUUCUGCUGUGUUGAAGGACAUAUCAUGAUGUCAAAACUAGUAGUUCUCCGAUCACGGGGAUAUUACAAGGCCUGUCGCUCCAUGUGGGAUCAUUUAUGUUCUUUUUUUUACUGCAUGCAUAUCUCAUAUUUUCUUCUGUCAAAACAAGAAAAAAACCUGCCUAUUUUUGUUUGGCAAAAUGUUUGCCGUGACUCUCUACCUAAUAGUGUGUUUUAGUGACUGUGGGGAAAAUGAUGCAUGUUGGACUAUAACGGAGGGUUGACAAGGAGCUGGAGCCGCACUCUUCUGUGGAAGGACGUCAGAGUGUCGAAACGGGAGCAAUAUCCGGUCCACGGCGUCUGCCGCGCAGUGACUGCACAGGCCUCUCUGCUCCGCCGUGGCUUCGACCUUCCUCUGCAGACAGGAAGUGCUCGGGACGGAGGAGACUCUGGUCUAACAGCUCCCCCGUGAGGCCAGUGGCUGCCACGGUGGCUCACUGUGCUGCCGAACCAGUCGGUCAUCUGUUGUUUUCUAUUAGAGCUGCCGCGAUGCACUGUACAGGUCAUAUUAAUAACUGUCAUCAUAAACCAGUAACCUCUUGAGUAUAAGGUAGAGAGAGAGAGAUGCUUAACUUGAGUCGAUGUACCAAAUGUUAUCCUCAGCACAAACACGAUGACUCCUUGUACCGAGCGCAUUGUAAAUGUAAAUUUGGCUACGUAUCAUUAUCCGAAAGCACACUUUAUUACAAUAUAGGCACAUUACUAUGCAUGUAACAUAUUCAGGGCAUUUUGUGCUUUUAGUUUCUCAAUCAGCAAGACGACUACUGGCACUCUAAAACACUCAAGCACCUGCUAUCUAUUCAUGGGUACCAAAUAAUAAAAUCUCUGGACCUGUC